CUUGCAUUGAAUAGCGUCGAAAACAACUUGAGCGAAUUUUCGUGGCUUUAUUUGUGGUGCGACAGUAGACAUCACAUGGAGAAAGAUUCCAGAGACAAAACUGCAGAAGGAGGCAGCAGUGAUGAAGAAGAUGCUUUCGAAAGCGCCGAUGAAGGAGAAGAAGGAACCAAGCACAGUAAACAUUCUACUCGUCCAGUCGCCACGUCAGCUGACAUUAGAUCUUCACAUUCCACGUUGAAAGAAUCGGUUGGUACGAAUGAUGCCUCGACAACCAGGCAGGUAACCUCAGGAGGUGAGAUAAAUUCCGAAAAUGAAGAGCUAGAGAAGCGAAAUUCAAAUAUGGAUGAAAAUGUAGUGCUGGAGAACAUCGAAGUGGAAAACCUACGAAAAGGAAAACAUGGACCUACUGUGACACAUAGCGAGAGUUCACCUUCCACAGAAAACAUCGUAGACGAGUAUCCACAAGCUACUGAGUCAAGUAAGACUAGCGAGGAAGACACCAAUACUAGGGUAUCAAAGUCCUCCGACGAUGAGGAAACUGCUGUUGUGAACGAGAAAGAAGACAAUAUCAAACUUGAUUCAGAAGAACCUUCAGACCAUGGCUUGACGAUGGAGCGGGAACAGGAUUAUCGUCAGACCACAGUGAACCAGGCUGAUGUGUUAGCUAAGGAAAAAACAGAAGCUACAGGAAACUCUGAGGAAAAGCAGCAGACGGUGGCUACAGAAUCAAAUGCCAAUGAUCAAGUUGAAGAUAUAAAGCGUGACAGUAUAUCAGAGAGGCCAGCACAAGAAUCUUCCAAUACCAGUACCUCUGGAGGAUGGGCGUGGACAGGCUGGGGCUCGGCAGGCUGGGGCUCAGUGCUCUCUCAAGCAACAGCUUCUGUCACAUCAGGGCUUUCUUCUGUCAUUGAAACAGUUGAAACCACACUGGGUGUUCCUGACCCAGAGGAGAUGGCAAGGAAAGUGAAAGCAGAAGAAAACCUAGUAAAGGAGAAAUUAGCAGAAGAACAAAGUUCUGGACAUUUAGAGGAAAGUAAAGGUGACACAACUUCUGAAGGCAGGAGUGGCUGGGAGGAGGUGGCUGCAGUCUUACUCGCAGAAAUUAAAAUUUUCUCUCGGCAGAUUUUAAGAGAAGCCAGAGAAGCAACUGAACAAAAAGCAACAGUUGAAGCACAGCAAACCACACCCACUGUAGACUUGUGUGGUGAGUUUGACAAAUACCAAGGACUUGCUCACUUAGAAGCAUUGGAGAUGCUGUCACGUGACAGUGAGGCCGAGCUUGAAUCCCGCAUCAUUGACUUGACAGAAGACGAGCUUAACAUGGUGAAGCCAUUGUUACGAGCCGUAGAAGAAGUUUUCCACAUCGACGACGAAAAUGACGCUGAUGUCGAAGGGGCUGAAGAAGACUUUAAAUCGGACGUGUUAGACAAUGUCAAGUCGCUUAACCUGCCUCUUACAGCGGACAAGAUCGUCAAUUCGCAAGAAAAAUCAAGAGAAUGGAUUGCUUCUUGUGUAAAGGAACAGGAUGAAUCUCCAGGGAGUAAAGAUGGAUUUGAAAUUUACAACACGGCCGUUUCAAGCUUGGCGGAGCUGACGGCGCGCACCGUGGAAUCAUUUCACAAGUUUACUGAACUUUUACUCCAUCAAGCGGAGCGAGCCAUGGAAACUUCGUCUCUUGUGCGUGCGCAAUGCGUGCGCAAAUUGACAGACGCAGUUUUAGAGGAGAUUUCUGUUUUGGCGACGCAUUUCGCAGGCUGUUUGAACACCGCUGCCGAUGACUCGGAAAACCCUGACUCAGUCAGCUCUCUAAUAACAACGCUGUAUCUUGAUUCCUCCACAAGUGCGGACUAUUUGAGAAACUCUAUGAAACUGUUGCGGCCCGUUUUACAGCUCUCCUCCCUCAAUGAGCAAAACCCUCCAAAAAGUUGAAGCGGACGCGCAAAUAUUUUUGCUGAGAAUUCUUUUCUUUUCAAGUGGAAGAGUUCAUAUUACGCUGAAAAUAAGCGGUAUGGGUAAUUCGGUCAGUUGCACGAAUAUAAUCCUUAAAUCGAUGCAUUCCAUAUUUCAGAUGGAAAUUAAUGCAUUAUAAAUUUAAGAAAUUCUGUUUGUAUGGUCAAUCUUCUUGUAUUGGUGUUCAGUAGACUGUCAUUAUUCGAUUCAAAGAUGUCAAGUUUAAAAUCCUUUGCGGUCUUAGUUGAGAUAACUAGAACUCACAAAAAUGAACGAAAUUUAAACAUUUGUGCCCCAAUACAAAACCAAGGCCACGGAUUCAUGAAAAAGGAAAAGUGGGUAAUCUGUCUAUUUUUCUCACAUAUAAGUCAGCCAAUCUUCUUGG